GCGUGGAAAUUGUUGCAUUUUAGUUGAAGUAAUGUCAUGUCGAAUUGUGUUACGUAAGGGAUAGCCUACACUUCAAAGGCUACACUUCAGUGUGUGGCACGGAGGGGGAGGUCCAAUAGUGUACUAACUACUCAAUGUUGUCUUUCGAGUUUUGACGUCAUGUUAACAACUGCUCUCUAGCCUUUCGUGUAAUGUGAAAGUUACUGCAAGUGUUUUGGAGCUAAGGAAAGUGUUACGUUACAUGAACUAUUCCUACUCGGGGUUCAUGUUCUUACAAGUAACGACAGCGGAAACAACUUGAUAUCAGAAACAAACUUAUGCAAACCGUCUUCGGGGUGCAUGUUCCGCAUUUGCACUCUUCGGUCUGUGUAGCUGCAAAGUAGCCCGCUCGACUUAAAUAAACUUUUUGCUGACUGUAGGAUACUUCAAGUUAAUCCAAGUAUCGGGCGAUUUGCGGUACGGACUGGAACAAAUGCAAUGAAUAGCGCAAACUACACAGACGAAUUAGACUUCAGACUUACUUUCGGCGAGGACGGCACACAGCAGCCACUAGGCCACGAAGAUAUUGGCUUUAAUGAUGACUGCUACUUCCUCAAUGUUGGCCUGCCUCAGUCUGCGGUUAACCAGCCUGUAGCGAACUUGCAGCAGAACCCUCCGACAUUUAUCCCUGCCACAGAACUGCAAAGUCCCGGUGCUUAUAAAGCCAGCUGCACUGUCACCAGAGGGACUGUACACAACGCCUUGGAGUCGCCCUCCAGGUUGUUUGACUGCCCCAGCAUCCAGAUCACCUCCAUCCCAACCAGCUGUAACCAUGAUGUGGGGGCCUGCCAGCACCGCGUGCAGAUGCAUAGCUCUGAGGUGGAAGGCGGCAGUGCUGGCUUGUCGAGAGGCCACCUGUACCUCCCCUUGGAGCCGGCCUACAGAGACCAGUCCUCCCUCUGCCCCAGUCCCUGCAGCAGCCUGUCCUCCCGCAGCUGGUGGUCGGACGCCUCAUCUUGCGAGUCCUUCUCCCACGUGUACGACGACGUCGAGGCUGAACUCAACGAAGCAGCGGCUCACUUUAAGCUGAACUCACCUCUGGUGUCUCCUCUAAGCUCUCCCUUACCCUCGCCCCUGGCGUCCCCACUGGCCUCUCCUCAAGUCUCUCCCCAGGUCUCGCCCUUCGGAUCUCCGGGAACAACACAACACCCCGGGCCGGGAGAGGACCCUUGGCUGCGCUACCAUCUCCAGCAGCCCUCUCAAGCCCUGUUUGCUCACUCGCUGUCCCCACAUCAGUCACCCUAUCAGUCGCCACGCACAAGCGUUUCAGAGGAAACCUGGCUGAGUCCCCGUCCCGCCUCGUCCUCCUCACGGCCCUCUUCCAGGCCCUCAUCUCGACCCGCCUCACCCUGCGGUAAGAGGCGUCACUCGUGUGCGGAUGGCUCCGCAGGUGUCUCCUCGCCUCACCUCUCUCCCGUCCCCACCCCCACUCACUCCCCGCGGGGCAGCGUGACGGAGGAAACCUGGGCUGGGAACGCCAUGCUUUUUUAUCCACAGCCGCUACAGGCCGAGGUGGAUGUUCCUCACAAAACUAGGAAGACCUAUCAGAGUCUGGAGCAGUGCAACUCAGGCGGCCCCCUGGGGUCCAGCCUCGAGGAGCAGGGCCUCAAGACUUUGAGUUCGUUGCUGGAUUACCCCACAGCAUCAUCUCUACCUGGACAGAGAAGAGAAGACAUCGUGGAGCAUUUCCUUUCUGUUCCCUCUCACUUCACCUGGAGUAAACCCAAACCAACUCAGACACCUAUUCAUACAACGUCCUCCCUCCCUCCUCUGGAGUGCCCCUUGCCCAGCCAGUUGGGGCCGUACGAGCUCAGCAUAGAGGUGCAGCCCCGGGACCACCACAGGGCCCACUACGACGAGGGCAGCCGCGGAGCCAUCAAAGCAGCCUGUGGGGGACACCCUGUAGUUAAGCUCGUAGGAUAUAGUGAAAAGCCAAUCAACCUUCAGAUUUUCAUUGGGACUGCAGAUGAGCAGAGCGUGCGGCCACAUGCCUUCUACCAGGCGCACAGGAUCACGGGGAAGACGGUCUCCACUGCCAGUCAGGAGACGGUCUUAAGCAACACCAAAGUCCUGGAGGUCCCACUCCUUCCUGAGAACAACAUGUCUGCCAGCAUUGACUGUGCUGGAAUCCUGAAGCUCCGAAACUCCGAUAUUGAGCUGCGGAAGGGAGAGACGGACAUCGGACGGAAGAACACGCGCGUGCGGGUCGUGUUCCGUGUUCAUGUUCCCCUUGUGGACGGGACAAUGCUGUCGUUACAGGCCGCUUCGAUUGCCGUGGAGUGCUCCCAGCGUGCCGUUCUUGAGCUUCCGCACAUAGAGAAGUUCAGUCCCGUCAGUGGAUCGAUGAACGGAGGAGAAGAGAUGUAUAUUAAAGGCCCUAAUAUCUUCCCAGACUCAAAAGUCAUCUUCCUACAAAAAGGUCCAGAUGGUCGAACUCUUUGGGAGGCUGAGGCAAGAACUAUUAGAGAGAAGUCAGCAGAGAUGAAUAUUGUGGUACAAAUUCCUCCUUACCACAAUAAGAACAUGACAUCCUCAGUUCAGGUCCUCUUUUAUGUGACGAAUGGAAAGAGGAAGAAAAGCACAACACAACACCUCACAUACGUGCCAGCAGGCGUGAAGCAGGAGAGCGGCCAUCAGGGAAAUCUAAACACCAUCAGUCACACAGAACCGCACCACGGAGGUACCCAGCUGUCUUUCGCCCAGUAUGCCUAUUCUACGGACCAUUGCCAAUACACGGGAGGAGUGCCUGCUGCUGCGCUCUCCUCGUUGGACAGUAGUCCGUCUUCCCACCACCAUCAUAGAGCGGGGCUGGUGGAUGUGGAGGCUGCUGACUCUCAGCACAUCCUCCACAGCUUGGUGUCCAUGGACCCAGUGUUCCUGGGAGCUCACCAGAACGUCGGUACGCAAUUUUGUCUAAACAAAAUAAGCAAAGUCUCACCCCAACCAGCCUGCAAACCUGCGAAUGCUCAUCAGCCAGCAGCCCACCUGUCAGGCUUCAGUCCCUCGAGUGUGGAGCACAAGUCGUUCGGCAGCUAUCCUUCAGGUGCCAACGAUACAUCUUUAAGCAAUGCCUCUUUCCAGCUGCUGCAGUCUCCAGGGUAUCAGUGCCCUGGCCCAGUGGGUCCGCGUGCAGCAGUACGCAGCCUGGCUCAUCUGAAGGAUGCUGCUGCCUUAUACCCUCAAGCCACACACCAAUCACCCAGUCACCCCAGAGUAGUAGCACAUGGAGAUUAUCACCAGAUGAUCAUCAAACCACUGUCUCUCCAAGCAGUGAGCAGUAGCAGUAGCAGCACCUCCCCUUGGCCCUCCUGUGCUCCUCCUCCUGAUGUCCCGCUGGUCUCUCAGCCCUCCUACCCCACCCAGAGGGAGCACUUCAUCAUUAAGCAGGAGCCCGAGGAGAACCAGGGGACGACCCUCACGUCCACGGGACUUCACAGCGUCACACUUGAUGAUGUGAGUGAGAUCAUCGUCAGAGACCUCUUCCAGAGCCCAGAUUCCUCCGGCCCAGUGGCGAACCAGAACCAUGUCUAGCCCCUGUCUGUAAGACGCACCCAGAUAUACCUUUGAGAACAAUGUGUGGAUACCACCUCCGUAUGUCAGCCUUCCUUACAUAAAGCCGAGGACAGAAUUCUUUAUUGAACAGUUUACUGUUGACAGCAGUGGUCUGUAAAUAAGUUGUAAGAAAGCAAUAUAUACAUUCAGGCAUGACACUGCACUAGUGAGAAUUUGUAGCAGGUUAUGUCAGUAUACAUUUGUUUGUAUAUUGUCUUAUUUGGCUCAUAAGUUUGUAAAUACAAUUGUAAUUGUAAAGGUUUGUAGUGCAUAAUGUAUAUAUGCUGGAUUUUUUUAUUUUAAUCAGGUUCCGUACAUAUAUGAUAAUUUAUAUUUAAGUAAAUUUGAUAAAUGACGUACAUUUUACCACUUUACCACAGCCAGUUAUUUCAAGGUAGUAUAUUAAAUGUAAAUAAACAAAAAAAAAAAUCUAAAAAAAUUGCAAUAUAAUGAUGGCUUAUUUUUACAACGAACAUGAGGUAUAAUGAUCCCACUCUGUAAACUGUAAAGUGGUGUGGUAUUGUUGAUUUCUGCUAUGGGUGUUUUUAAUGUAGUUCAUAUAAUGAGUUGUUGGAUUUUGUAAUGGAGUAUGCUGUAGCAUAUGUAUUCAUAUGCAUAUGAUCUAAAAUAUUUUGAAGACUGGGAGACCUUUUUUCUAAUUAAAUGAAUUAAUGAAAA